AUGACCUCUACUGUAGGUCCACAGCCAUACUAUGAAAAUCAUGGCUUUCAGCCAGCGAACUUGUAUUCUGCCAGGCAGCCAGUAGGUGCUAACCCAAAUCCACCGUACUUCUCAACAAAUGCUCCGCCAGUGCCAAGCUAUGUCCCAACAGUUGCUACCCAUCAGUCGAGUAGGCCAGUAGCAAGUUCAUCCGGGAGAACACGUGCAUCAAGUAUAAAGAAAAUCAUAAUCAUUGUAUUAUCCAUUUUAAUAGUAAUCUGUUGCGCAAUUGCUGCUUUCUUCAUCUGGUAUUUUGUACGGGAUAGUUGUGUCAUCUCCUUAAUAGAGUGUGGAUCUUCAGGAGUGUGUAUCCAGCCCUCCCAGUGGUGUGAUGGAGUGAGCGACUGCCCCAACGGGGAGGAUGAAACCCGGUGUGUUAGACUUUUUGGAUCAAACUUUAUCCUGGAAGUUUAUUCACCUGUCAGCAAAUCCUGGUAUCCUGUUUGUCAAGAUGGCUGGAAUGAUGAUUAUGGGAAGAUUGCAUGUAAAGACAUGGGCUACAGCAUAGACACAUAUUACUAUAGUCGAGGGGUCGCAGCUGAAGCCAGCUUUAAAAGCUACAUGAAGCUGAACACAAGUGCUGGGAACAUAGACUUGUACAAAAAGCUGUACAGCAGCGAUUCCUGUACAUCGGGAAAUGUGGUAUCUCUGCGCUGCAUAGAGUGCGGCCUGUCCACUAAAAGCAUGACCAUGAUGAACAGAAUCGUGGGUGGCAGCGGGGCGGUGCUGGGGCAGUGGCCGUGGCAGGUCAGCCUCCAUGUGCAGGGCACUCAUGUCUGCGGGGGCUCCAUCGUCACCCGCCAGUGGAUAUGGAUAGUGACGGCGGCACACUGCGUGGAAGGACGAUUUUCUGACCCAUACAGCUGGAGGGUUUAUGCUGGGAUUCUGAACCAGAAUGAGAUGGUCUUACAAAAUUCGUACAGAGUGCAACAGAUAAUUUCCCAUCCCGAUUAUGAUACGGAUUCUAAAGACAAUGAUGUUGCCCUUAUGAAGUUAGAGACACCGCUGACUUUUACUGAUGCUGUACGGCCAGUUUGUCUGCCUAAUCCAGGAGUGAUAUUCCAGCCUGAUGAGCAGUGCUGGAUAUCUGGGUGGGGAGCAGAGCACCAAGGAGGAAAAACAUCAAAUAACUUGAAUUAUGUUUCGGUGCCUUUAAUAGAACGUUCUAAGUGUAACUCUGUCUAUAUCUAUAAUGGAAUGAUUUUGCCUACAAUGAUCUGUGCUGGAUAUCUAGAAGGAGGAUAUGAUUCCUGCCAGGGUGACAGUGGAGGUCCUCUAGUAACUAACAAACACUCCCUGUGGUGGCUGGUUGGAGAUACCAGCUGGGGAACUGGCUGUGCUAGUCCCAAUAGACCUGGAGUAUACGGGAAUAUGACUGUGUUUACAGAUUGGAUUUAUAAAAAUAUGCAGGCAAACAGAUGA